GCGGCCACCCCGCGCCGCCCGCCUGAGGAGCCGCGCACAAAGCCGCGCCGCGGCCAUGGAAGAGGAGCUCAAGUGCCCGGUGUGCGGCUCGCUGUUCCGGGAGCCCAUCAUCCUGCCCUGCUCGCACAAUGUCUGCCUGCCCUGCGCCCGCACCAUCGCCGUGCAGACCCCGGAGAGCGAGCAGCACCUGCCGCCCCUGCUCCACUCUCGGGGCCCCGCGCCGCCCGCCGCCGCGCCGGGAGCGGGGCCGGGAGCGGGGCCGGGAGCGGCCGCGGGCUCCGCCGCCUGCCUGGACUCGGAGAGCGCGGCGGGCGGCGGCGGCGGCGGGGACCACGCGGACAAGCUGAGCCUGCACAGCGAGACCGACAGCGGCUACGGCUCCUACACGCCCAGCCUGAAGUCCCCGAACGGCGUGCGGGUGCUGCCGCUGGUGCCCGCGCCCCCGGGGGCGGCGGCGGCUCCGCGGGGCGCCGGCCCCGCCAGCUCCUCCCUCACCUGCCCGCAGUGCCACCGGAGCGCGUCCCUGGACCAGCGCGGGCUGCGCGGCUUCCAGCGGAACCGGCUGCUGGAGGCCAUCGUGCAGCGCUACCAGCAGGGCCGCGCCGCCGCCGCCGCCGCCGCCAAGUGCCAGCUGUGCGACCGCAGCCCGCCCGAGCCGGCCGCCGUGCUGUGCGAGCAGUGCGAGGUGCUCUACUGCGCCGCAUGCCAGCUCCGCUGCCACCCGGCCCGCGGGCCCUUCGCCAAGCACCGCCUGGCCCCGCCGCCCGCACACCCGGGCGCCCCCGGCGGCGGCGGGGACGGCGGCGGAGGGAAGGGGGCGGGCGGCGGCCGCAAGCUGCCGACGUGCGCCGAGCACGACCUGGAGAACUACAGCAUGUACUGCGUGAGCUGCCGCAGCCCCGUCUGCUACCAGUGCUUGGAGGAGGGCAAGCACAACAAGCACGACGUGAAGGCCCUGGGAGCCAUGUGGAAGCAGCACAAGGCACAGCUGUCUCAGGCUUUAAAUGGUGUAUCAGAUAAAGCAAAGGAAGCUAAAGAAUUUUUGGUUCAGCUGAAAAAUUUAUUGCAGCAGAUCCAGGAGAACGGGCUGGACUACGAGGCCUGUCUCGUGGCUCAGUGCGAUGCCUUGGUCGACGCGUUAACGCGGCAGAAGGCAAAACUGCUCACAAAGGUCACCAAGGAGCGUGAGCACAAGCUGAAGGUUGUUUGGGACCAGAUAAAUCACUGUACACUGAAGCUACGCCAGUCAACAGGGCUCAUGGAAUACUGCCUAGAAGUUAUCAAAGAAAAUGAUCCCUCGGGGUUUUUACAGAUUUCAGAUGCUUUAAUCAAGCGUGUUCAGGUAUCUCAGGAACAGUGGGUGAAAGGAGCCUUGGAGCCAAAAGUGUCUGCUGAGUUUGACUUGACUCUGGACAGUGAACCUUUACUGCAGUCAAUUCACCAGCUGGAUUUUAUUCAGAUGAAAUGUAGGGUGCCACCCGUCCCAUUGCUGCAGCUGGAGAAGUGCUGCACCAGGAACAACAGUGUGACAUUGGCCUGGAGGAUGCCACCUUUGAGCCACAACCCAGUGGAGGGCUAUAUCUUGGAACUUGAUGAUGGAGAUGGUGGCCAAUUCCGAGAGGUAUAUGUUGGCAAGGAGACUCUCUGCACCAUCGAUGGCCUUCAUUUCAACAGCACUUACAAUGCCAGGGUCAAAGCUUUCAACUCCUCAGGCGUUGGUCCUUACAGCAAGACGGUCAUUUUACAGACGUCGGAUGUGGCGUGGUUCACCUUUGACCCCUCCUCAGCCCACAGAGACAUAGUGCUGUCCAAUGACAACCAGACUGCCACCUGCAACAGCUACGAUGACCGCGUGGUGCUGGGCACCGCCGCCUUCUCCAAGGGCGUGCAUUACUGGGAGUUGCACGUGGACCGCUACGACAACCACCCGGACCCGGCCUUCGGCAUCGCCAGGAUUAACGUGGUCAAGGACAUGAUGCUGGGCAAGGACGACAAGGCCUGGGCCAUGUAUGUGGACAACAACCGCAGCUGGUUCAUGCACUGCAACUCCCACACCAACCGGACUGAAGGAGGAGUUUCUAAAGGUGCCACUGUUGGUGUGCUGCUGGAUCUGAACAAGCACAACCUGACCUUUUACAUCAAUGGGCAGCAGCAGGGGCCUCCAGCGUUUGAAAACAUCGAGGGCGUCUUCAUGCCUGCACUGAGCCUCAAUCGAAAUGUCCAGGUGACCCUGCACACAGGACUGGAGGUGCCACAAUCUGUAAAACAGCCCAAGCUGCCCAACAACUAAUGAAGCCCCAUCUGACACUGUGCUGGAUUCUGCAAGCUUUCUCAGUGUGUUUUGGCACUUUUCAGUAAGUCAGUAAAAAAGCAUCCUCUUCCCUGACUUCAAACACUGUGCAGCAUGCUGCUCACCGAGUAAUCGGCUGGUUAGAGCUAGGCCACUCCAUUUUCAAUUUAACAGCCAUAACAAGCACAUCCACUGGACUGGCACUCAACUGCAGAUGGGUACCUGAACAUAUCUACUCUGCAUUGCAUACAUAUGUACACUCAUGUGCACACACACACACAAACACGUCUGUAAAGCAAAAGGUUAAAUGAGUGUAUUUUCUCUCUCAUGGCUGGAUUUGUGCUUAAACGUUAGGGAUGCUGGAAAAAAUGGGUGAGGUUGAAGGACAGUGGAUGUUGGAGCAGUUUACCAGUAGAUGAACUGGAUUCCCUUGCCACCUGAAGUCCUUAAAUAAAGAAAGCAUAUGUUUUGA